CUGGAUUGUGAGUGAGGCGCGGCUGUAGGGGAGCGGAGCGAAGAAUGGCUGCGGGGGCCAACCGGAGAGGGGGCCCGAACCGGGUGAGGAGGCUUCUGGUGCUGGUCGUGGUGGUGCUGCUGGAGUUGGCGUGCCCGGCUGACGCGCUGGAGAACGGGCUGGCGCUGACGCCGCCCAUGGGGUGGCUGCAUUGGGAACGCUUCCUCUGUCAAACCGACUGCUCCCAAGAUCCCCGACGGUGCAUCAGUGAAAAGCUGUUCAUGGAGAUGGCUGAUCUGAUGGUGUCCGAAGGCUGGAGGGACGUGGGGUACCAGUACCUGUGCAUCGAUGAUUGCUGGAUGGCUCCGACCCGUGACGAGCAGGGCCGACUGCAGCCAGACCCCAAACGCUUCCCCAGUGGGAUCGCCAAAUUAGCUGACUAUGUCCACUCCAAAGGGCUGAAGCUGGGCAUUUACGCCGAUGUCGGGAACAAAACCUGUGCGGGCUUUCCUGGCAGCUACAGUUACUACGAGCUGGAUGCGGAAACCUUUGCCAGCUGGGGGGUGGACCUGCUCAAGUUCGACGGCUGCAAUUGUAAUUCACUGGACCUGUUGGCUGAUGGUUAUAAGACCAUGUCCCGGGCUUUGAAUAAAACCGGCAGAGGCAUCGUGUACUCCUGCGAGUGGCCGCUCUACCAGAAGUUCAUGCAGAAGCCCAACUACACUGAGAUAAAACAGUACUGUAAUUACUGGAGGAAUUUUGCUGAUAUCUACGACGCUUGGAGUAGCAUCGGGAGUAUUCUUAUGACCGCUCUUCAUCAGGACAACCUCACCAGCGUCGCUGGGCCAGGGGGCUGGAACGAUCCAGACAUGCUGGUGAUUGGGAACUUUGGACUGAGUUGGGACCAGCAGAUAACACAGAUGGCACUCUGGGCCAUGAUGGCAGCCCCGCUCCUCAUGUCCAACGACUUGCGCCACAUCAGUUCAGCAUCCAAGGCCCUGCUCCAAAACAAGGAAGUGAUCGCCAUCAACCAGGAUCCUCUGGGCAAGCAGGGAUAUCGACUCACCAAGGACUACAAUGGCUUUGAAUUGUGGGAGCGGCCUCUUUCGGGUGGGGCCCAUGCCAUAGCCAUAAUGAACCGUCAGGAGAUCGGUGGACCUCAGACUUACAGGGUCUAUCUCGCCUUCCUUGGGAACGGUUUGGCUUGCAACCCUGCUUGUUCUAUCCAGCAGAUCCUUCCCACCAGCAGAAAUUUGGGGCUACACAACUGGGUAUCGUCCUUCAAAGUCUUGGUGAACCCAACAGGUACUGCCCUGCUGAAGAUUGUGGUGAUUAAGGAAAAACGCUCUCUGGGUAUCUUAUAACAUGGCUCUUCGGAAGAACCUUUCUUAGGGAAGGUCACCAGCAGUUCUGCUGGAAGCUGAAGUCUCAGAAGAUUGAACCACUUUUCCCUAAGUCUUGUGACUGUUAACCGUUGAGAGAUUGUCACAUCUUUUGAGUCGUAAAAAUGUUUUCUUCCUCUGUGCUCCACCCCAUCCCCCCAAAAAAACCAGGUGAAGAAUGCAAAAGUGUGUGGUAUACUAAGCAAUGGCUGCUACUCAAACUCAGUGUUGUAGGCAGUUAUAUGAAACUGAGAAGGACAGGUGUUGGAGCGGAGUACUGAAGUGCUCUUCAGUCGCCUGAAACGUGCCAUCCUGCAAGCUGCUGUUUGCUCAAACGACACACACAACCUUGAGCACAGGGAGUGGUUUGUGAAAUGUUUAGGUAAGCUGGCAAGUGGGCCUGAGAUGAGAUUUCAUAUUCUUGGCUCCUCCCAAGGUUUUUUUUUUAAGGAUAUAGGUUUAAUGUGCACAAUCUGGAUUCUUGGAAGCAGAGUAUCUACACCCUACUUAUUAUUCAACUAAGGGUUCAACCCAUGUUACCUUUGUAGUAAAACAAGUCCUGUAGGUACCUGUUUCAACCACAGGGGAUGUGGCACUUAACUCAGCUGGCCCAGGUCUCAAGCUGCUAGACCUUAAUGAGGAAUUCCACCUCAGCAGGUCUGGGAUUCCUUUUUGCUGCCUCCACGGGGUUGUGAGUUAAUGGUACAUUUGCCUGGUAACCUGCACCCGACUCAGCCUUCUCUCCAAAUUAAGAAUCACAUGGUAUGGGGUUAUUCGCUCGGGUAGGUCUUUUCCCUACCAUCUUUUUGUACACCUGACUCCCAUUACGCUUUAUAUAUGAGAGCCACGGCCAAAAACCAAUUUCAGGAAAAAAUUAUUUGAAUAAGCAGUUUUAUAAAUGUGAUGAAACUCUGACCUAGAUAGCCCAGGCUGGCCAGAUCUCAGAAGCUAAGCAAGGUCAGCUCUGAUUAGGAAGUCCAUGGGUCACUAUGUAACCCUGAGCUAGCUUGGCGUAGUGGUUAAGAGCAGCAGACUCUAAUCUGGAGAACUGGGUUUGGUUUAC